GCCAUGAGUAAUUUCGUCAAAUAGUUGGUAGUUGAGAAGAAAGCUUCUUCGUUUGCUACACUAUGGAGGACGAGAAGCUUAUCUCUAAAUUAUGGAAAGUAUCACGCACAGCACAUGAGAUGGUACAAGAUAGAGGAUUUGCAGUCUCUCAACAGGAGAUUGAGAUUCCAUACGCAGAAUUCAAGGAAACAUACGCUGGAAAUGGUAUCAUAGAUCGUGCUUCAUUGCACUUCUUCGCAAGUCUGGAGGAUAACCCAGACGAUCAGAUAUUCGUCUUCUUUGCCGAUGAGCCAAGCAUCGGUAUUAAGACAAUGAGAAAAUUCUUGACUGUUUUGGAGGAGAGGAAGAUAGGCAGGGGUAUCUUGAUCUACCCAGAGAAGCUCACGCCAGCGGCUAACAAGGUCAUUGCUGAAAUGGCGGCUGACUACAAAUUGCAAGCAUUUACUGAAUCAGAGUUGCAAGUUAACAUUACGCACCACCAACUCGUUCCCCAGCACGAAGUUCUCACAGCAGAAGAGAAGAAGCUCCUUUUACAAAAAUAUAGACUAAAGCCAACGCAAUUGCCACGUAUAUUGACUAGCGAUCCUGUUGCCAGAUACUUUGGAUUGGAAAGAGGACAGGUUGUGAAGAUUAUCAGACCUUCAGAAACAUCCGGUCGUUAUGCUUCCUACAGAAUUUGCUUCUAGCUUCUUAUACAUGUAAUUUAUUGAAGAGA